AUGAGCGCGCUGACUGGUGCACCUGUUGGCCCAUCCCACAGCUCGCACAAUGGCCUGGCUCCUGCUGGUGCUCCGAAACGAGUCAAGACGGAGUCAUCGGAUAGCAGCGAUGAUGAGGCUCCUUUGGCAAAGAAGGCAAAGGGAAACGAGACGCCUUCAUCGCUCAAGCGACCUGCGCCCGAGGACCACGACGAGGAGUCGAGCGACUCGGACGCUCCAUUGGGCAAGCCAGAAGCGACCAAGAAGACUGUCACAAAGGUCUUGGCCAAGCAGGAGGAGGCCUCGGACUCAGAUUCGGACGUGCCGCUGAGUGGCGCGACGGCGAGUGCAGCAAAACAGGGCAAGUCGAACGGCACAACGGCGAAAGCAAAGGCCAAAUCGGAGGAGGCCGAAGAAGAGGAGGACGAGGACGAGGAGGAUGAAGAGGAGGACGACGAUGACGACGAGGGCGACAGCAAGGCCAAGUCGAGCAAGCAAAAGAUUGAGCAUUCUGGCUCGGGAGGUGCAAAGUGGGCCACCCUGUAUCACACGGGUCCUCGUUUCCCGCCAGACUAUGAGCCUCUGCCCAAGAGCGUCAAAUUCAAGUACGAAGGCAAACCAGUCGAUCUCUCCCCCGAUGCUGAAGAGGCGGCCAUGUUCUAUGCCGUCAAGCUCGAAACGCAGCACGCUCGCGACAAGGUCUUCAAUGCCAACUUCUUCGAGGACUUCCGAAAGGUGCUCAAGGAGCAUCCACCCCGCGACGGGACAAAGAUCAAAGAGUUCUCCAAGUGCGACUUUCAACAGAUGUACGACCACUGGAAGGCGGUCAAGGACAAGGAAAAGGAGGACAAGAAGAUGAUGGCGCCCAGUGCGCGGAAGAAGCAGCUCGAAGAAAAGAAGAAAUUGGAAGCUGAAAUGAAGACCUGCGUUGUCGAUGGCCUCGAGCAGAGGGUGGGAAACGUCAUUGUCGAGCCACCUGCGCUUUUCCUCGGCCGUGGCGAGCACCCUAAGAAAGGCAGAAUAAAGCGUCGCGUGCCUCCUGAGGCAAUCACCAUCAACCACACCCUCGGAGACAAAGCUCACCCUCCGCCCCAACCGCCGCCUGGGCGCAAGUGGAAGGAAGUCAAGGAGGAUAAGAGCACGACUUGGCUGGCCUUUUGGAUCGAGAACAUCAACGGCCAGUACAAGUACAUGUACCUCGAUGCCACCUCACAGUUCAAGAGCAACUCGGACCGCGAGAAGUUCGAAAAGGCCAGAAACCUGGACAAAGUCGUCAAGAAGCUCAGAAAGAACAUCGACAACAUGCUCUCUUCCAAGCAGCGGCUGGAGCGCCAGCUGGGAACGGUAAUUUGGUUGAUUGACAACUACUCGCUGCGUGCUGGCAACGAGAAGGGUGAUGAGGAGGCUGCUACGUACGGCGUGUGCUCGCUCCUCGUCGAGCACGUCAAAGCGCUCAAUGAUGCCAAGAACCAGGUCAAGCUCGAAUUUUUGGGCAAGGACUCUAUGCGAUUCAAAGAGACGCUCAACGUGCCAGAGCGUAUCUUCAAGAACUUCAAGAUGUUCACCCAGUCCACUCGGGACGCAAAGGGAGCGGUGGCUGUGAAGAAGAAGACGGACGAGAUCUUCGACAAGGUUGAUACGAGCGAUGUCAACAAAUUCCUCCAGAACCCGGCCAAUGGUGGUCAAAAGGGCCUCUCUGCCAAGGUUUUUCGCACCUACAACGCUUCUACGACAUUCCAAGGUCUUCUCAACCAGACGGAAGAGAAUCUGAGGCGAGCUGGCCUCAAACCAACGAUCCAGACGCUCAGGGACCAGUACAACCAGGCGAACCGUCUCGUGGCAAUUCUCUGCAACCAUCAAAAGACCAUCAACCCCGUGCAGAGCGACAAGGCUGCUGCCCGCUUUGAGGAAAGAAUGCUGGCGAUCAAGUACGAUCGAUUCAAGGAGAGGCAAAGGCUUCUCACGUAUGCCAAUGCCAAACAGCUCAAGAAGGAGUUUCCUGUCCAGAAGAAGGAGUGGACUGCAAGAUGGGACCUUAUUCUCGAGGAGGUCGACAUCACGCCAGAACAGAUCCAGGAGCACGAGGAGCGCACCAUUUCGAAUAAGAAGGAUCGUCUUCAGGCGACUUUCGAUCGCUCGGAGCUCGAGCGGCAAUAUCUCGAGGAGCAAGCUAAGAAGGCAAAAGAGGAGGACGGUGCCGCUUCUGGCAAGAAGCAGAAGAAAACAAAAGCCAAAAAGGAGGAAGAAGGGGAAGAAGAUGAUGGCAAGGGCAAGAACAGCAAGAAGCCAAAGACACAGAAGGAGGUCGACGAGCAGAAGAAGGCACUCGAUAACGAGCUCAGGGUGCUGGCAAAAGAGCGCAAGACGAACAAGAGCGAGAAUGGGUCGAGCAUCAACGUCGUGUCAACGGCAAAGAAAGUCUUGAACAAGGUGGCCCAGAUGGAGAAGCUUGUAGCCGAGCAGGCCACCAAGGAGAAGACGAGUGAUGUCUCGCUGGGCACAUCGAAGCUCAACUACAUCGACCCGCGUAUCACAGUCUCUUGGUUGAAGAAGUGGGAUCGUAAACUCGUAGAGCUCGAGAAGAAGCAGGGGAAGAGCGGAGCAUCGCCGACGAAGAAGGUCAAGAAAGAAGAAGUCGAGGACGUGAAGCCUUCUUCCAAAAAGGGCAAGGGCAAGGAGGAAAAGACGAACAAGACUGCCGACAGCGACAAGAUGGAGCUGGACCUCAAGAUCAUCCCCAUCUCCCAUUACUUUCCGCAGACGAUGCUCAAAAAGUUCAAAUGGGCAGCGCAAGAGGAGGACGGAAGCGACCUCAGUCCCGAGUGGGUGUUCGUGGAUGAUGCUGAGAGCAAGAUUCGCGACAACAUGAGCAGCGCCAGGCGGAAAGGCGGCGCCGCGGCUGACGAAGACUCGGAUGAAGACGAAGACGAGGACGAAGACGACGAAGAACAGGCUAAGGACAAUGCCGAGGCUCGCAAAGCCGUCGCCAGUGCCAAAGUUAGCGCGGUCAAACUUGAAGACAAGAAAAAGAACAACGCAGCUAGCGCAGGAGCCAGCAAAGCCAAGGCCAAAGAUGAAGACGAUAGCUCCGAUGAAGACGCGCCACUGGCCAAGAACGGAAGCAACGGCAAGUCGGCUCAAGCCAAAGACGAUGAUAGCUCCGACGAUGACGCACCGCUGGCCAAGAAGUGA